UUGGAGGGGGCGCUGUGACCGAAACGGACACGGCCCGGCCUGGCCUCACGGCGGCAGGUUCGGCGGCCUCGGACGGAAGGAGGGCGCCCGGUCCGGUGUGAGGUGGUCCGGAUCUGAGCGGAGGUCGGCGACGCAGGAUGGGGGUCACCUGUGUUUCUCAGAUCCCCGCAGUUGAGGGGAAGAGCGUCCAGCAAGCGGUGGAGAUGCUCACGAAGAAGUUGGAAAUGCUAGGUGCUGUGAAGCAGGGCACAUUUUGUGUGGACUGUGAAACUUAUCAUGCAGGACCGACUGUGACCAUCCCAGGGCAGCCUGCGAAGUUCAUGUACGUUAUGCACAACACUGAGUAUCCUCUUAGCUGCUUUGCGCUUUUUGAAAACGGGCCCUACCUGGUUGCCGACACAAACUUCGACACGCUCAUGGUCAAGCUGAAGGGGUUUUUCCAGAAUGCCAAGAGUAACAAGAUUGAAAGCCGAGGGCCUCGCUAUCAGUAUGGUGACUUUCUGAUAAAGGUUGGGACAGUUACCAUGGGACCCAGUGUCCGUGGCAUAACUGUUGAGGUAGAGUACUGUCCCUGCAUAGUGUCAAGUGACUGCUGGAAUCUCAUGAUGGAAUUCAUGCAGAGUUUCAUGGGAAACCAUACCCCUGGAAUCCCGUCUGUAUUCUCAACAAAGCACGAUGGCAUUUAUACACCCACAGACACAGCCGUUCAGUACAUGGAGCUGUUCAAUAAAAUUCGGAAACAGCAGCAGGCUCCUGUAUCAGGAAUGAGAUAGGCUGCUUUGCACUGACAAAUCUAAACUACUUUUUCAUUGAAUCUGAUAAGUUAAUCCUUUCAAUGAGGAGCAUUUGGUAUCACUCAAGAUACCACAACAAUUUUGCAAUGCUUUUCUUCUUGUGAGAAGAAUGGGGCAAAAUAGUUUAUUUCUUUCCAUCUCUGCUGGUAGGUAGCCUCGCACCUGGUUUCCAAUGGCCAGAAGUUUUCUGCAAUGUUGACCCUUAUUUCUUCUUAAUUCUCCUCUACACACACUGACUAGCCUGCCUGUGAAAUAAAUAGAGCAGCAUUGCUCAAUUAAAAGUAGCCAUGGCGUGACAUGAAGAAGCCAGUGACCAAUGACAUGAGCUUACAGCACUACUUUCUCCAAUUUAGCUCUACCAGGAAGGCUGGAUGGAGUCACCCGCUCACAGGGUCGCAGACAAGAAGUGGGCUUGAUUCAUUAUCCUAAUUAAUUAAAUUCAGGGAUCGUUUUUAGAUUGGCUAAUUCAGAAAUCUUGUCUAGCUGUGGAUGGUGUGUGAAAUGGUGAUGCUAAAUAGCAGAGAAGGCUGAAAAUAGUGGGGAAAGCCUCUUAACUGAAUAACUCUGAGAAGAAAAAUGUUGGAGACGCUGGAAUAAAAACGAAGUGUUGGAACUGCUGAGCGACAGGAGAGCAUUUAGGUGGUUUGAUGCAUCAUUGAAGAGAGUUCUUUGAAACGUACUGAGCUUAAAUGUUAAUGCUCUGUUGAUGCUAUCUCUGACAAUUUUCUGUUUUUAUAACAAAAUUUUUCGCCUUCUGUGCAGAUAGUUAUUUUUAGUAAAUUAUCUAUAAAGCAGGGUUGAAUAGCCUUUACUAGGGAGUUUUUUUUUACAUCGGUGCACUGAUUGACUCUCACCGCCUAGGGGGAGUUACUUUUUAAGAUUUUACAUGAAAAUACUACCUGGUUCAGUAAUGCAGCCACCUUAUGUGUGCUAGGGCUCAAUAUUUUAGAAAACACUCAAAUGUAGCCUGUGCUCCCAUUGCUCAUCUCAGUGAAGUGACUCCUGAUUAGAUUACAGAUAUCAGUGGACAGCACAGUUAGUGGAAUUUCUGCAUCAGAGGUACAGUGACCCAGGUUCAGUCCUGACUACUGCUGUCUCUGUGGAGUUUCCAUGUUCUCCCUGUGGCCAUGAAGGUUUUCUCUGGGUGCUCAGGUUCCCUGCAAAGUCCCAAAGGCGUGCAGGUUAAUUACAGAAUUACCCUUAGUGUGUGAGUAGCCGAACCUGGGCAUGGUGAGGCAACCUGAUGGGAAUGUGGGGAGAAGAAGUUUCAGAGAUAACUAGCGGGUGAUGGGAUUGCUCUGAGCUACUGUGGACUCAUUGGGCCAAAUGGUUGCCUUCUUUUGACCAAACACCUUGCCGAGGCAUGUUCAGCAGCGUUGUAUGGAAGUGUCACCUGUAUAAGACAGUAAGUGGAGUCAAAGCUGUGACUUUAUUUUACAUAUUUUGGAUUUUUUUUGUUGGAUCUGAUCAAUUAAUUUUUUUUUAAUUAAAGAAUUUGAUGGUUUCGUAUUUUACUAGAGUGGCUGAAAAUUGAAAAUUUUUCUGACAGGAAUAAUGAUGAAAUUUAAUCUAUGUGCUUUAAAUUCAAUACAACUUUUCCUGUUAAGUGAUUCAAAGCCUGAUGGACGUGUGUAGCAUUAAUAGUUUGUACGAGUUUUUGAAAAAUAGUAAAGAUUUAAGAUUAGUUUUAUUUGUUAAUGUACAUCGAAAUAUACGGCGAAAUGUGUCAUUUGCAUCAAUGGCCAACUCAAGCUGAGGAUGUGCUGGGGGCAGACCACUAGUAGCGCUAUGCUUCCAGCACCAAUGUAGCAUGCCCCCGACUCACUAACCCUAACGGUGUGCCUAGAAUGUGGGAGGAAACCGGAGCACCUCGAGGAAACCCAUGCAGUCAUGGGGAAAACGUACAAACUCCUUAUGGGUAGCAGCAGGAAUGGAACCCUGAUCUGUGAUUGCUGGCACUGUAAAGUGAUGCGCUAACCGCCACACUAUCGUGCUGCCCGUAGAGUAUUGUGUCUGAGGGUAAGGUAAUUAUAAUGUAUAGAAAGAGCUUGUGCCAUCUCAAAUUUAAAUGAUUCAAAUAUCCUGUAAGACUUGAGCAUAAAGUUUACUGUGUGCCCUAACCCAGAGGUUUCUUGCUAGUUUUGUGCUAAGGCAUACUGAGGUAGAAUUAGAACAUAGAACGUAAAACACUAGCAUAAUACAGGCCCUUCGGUCCACAAUGCUGUGCCAACCUUUUAAUCUACUGGAAGAUGAAGCUAACCCUUCCCUCCCACAUAGCCACCAUUUUACAGUAGAGCAUAGACAGUAUAGCACAGGCCCCUCAGUCUACAAUGCUGUGCUGACCUUUUAAACUAUUCCAAGAUCAAUCUUGCCCUUCCUGCCCCACUAACCCUCCAUUUUUCUAUCGUCCAUGUGCCUCCCGGAGAGUCUCUUCAAUGUUGCCUAUGUACCUGUCCCAUUGUGGAAUAUGGGAAAAUGCUCCGAUUUCAUCCCGUAUUCUAAAGGCGUACAGGUUAGUAGGUUAAUUGGUUACAUGGUAAUUGGUAGGCACAGGCUAAAUCUCUUAAAUAUCCCUAAUAUAUCUGCCUCGAUCAUCACCCCUGACAACACAUUUCACACACCUAUCUCUGACAUUCCUUCCUAUACUUUUCUCCAAUCACCUUAAAAUUGUGCUCCCUUGUCUUAGCCAUUUCCACCCUGCGAAAACACUUACUGCCCUUUACACUGCUGGUGUUUAGGGCAGCAAUGAAGAUUCUCCUUCUCUGUCUGUCCUUGGCCACCAUCUCUGUUAUGGCUCAGGGUCUUUAUUUCUACCUCUAUGGUAGUUGUCUUUGGUCUCCCAUGUUUCCUCCACCCUUCAGAGGGUCCAAUGAGGUGCUGUCUUAAUGGUGGAGUUGGCCUAUCUUCUCAUCACGUGUCCAAUCCAUCCACUGUUUCCUCAUGAUGAUUGUGGCCAUGUCCUCUUGAUGACACUGAAGGAGCCUGGGAAAACAGCGCUGGCUAUACGCUGUUAUCAAUGACUUUUAUCAUCCGGUUGUUAGAUUUAUUAAGUACUGCUGGGUUUCACAUAAUUUAUUUGCGUUGUAAUGGUGAGAUUGAUUUACCUAAUCAAACGAAUGGAUAACACAGCUGGCCUGCAGAAAUCUCUGGGCGUGCUGGGGAUUCGAAAUGAAGACUAAAUGCUCAAUCCUUCCGGUUACAUGGAGAAAACGGCUCUGCUGAAAGGUGCACAUUUGAAACUUCAGUAACCUUAUCUUCUUUUAUUAUCACUUGCACAAUGAUGUUCUUCAGUCAAGGGAGUUGGCGAAAUAUGACUGGGUUACCAAAGUCAAAGUAAGUGUAUUGUCAAAAGUGCAUACAACUGUAUUUCACCAUCUACCAAUUUGAGAUUCAUUUGCACUUAUAUACAGGUGAUUUAAUUCCCACCACUGUCUGUAAGGAGUUUGUUCUGUCUCCCUGUGACUGGAUUUUCUCGGGAUACUCCUUUCACAGUCCAAAGACGUACUGGUGGGUAGGUUAAUUGGUCAUUGUAAAUUGUCUUGUGAUAAAUCGUUGGAGAUUUAAUCCUAAAUGUGUUGCCACAGGUGGCUGUGUAUUAUAUUGAUGUAGUAAUAAGAUAAAAUAUCAUGAGUUGUAGAGUUCCUGAAAAUGAGUCUGUAGGUUGUGGAAUCAUUUCGGAGUUGAGGCCAGUGAAGUUAUCCACGCCGAAGUGAUAACAGUUGAUGAACC